UCUCUCUCUCUCUCUCACACACACACGCAGGCAGAUGCAGACAAAGUGCGUGCCAGUGAGACCUUCAGGAGACGUGUUGUGGAGAUUGGAAACACAGGCACACAUCAAGUCUGACUGCUUUGGAGCUAGUGCCUUAAUGGAGAGAAGCUGUGAAGGAGACAAUCUGUUAUCAGGUCACGAUGAAGAGGCUGUGGUGGAUCUUGGUAAAACCAGCUCUACGAUCAGCACAAACUUUGAAAAAGAAGAGCUAGAAAGCCACAGGGCGGUGUAUAUCGGGGUUCACGUGCCCCUGGGCAAGGAGAGCCGGCGGAGACACAGGCACAGGGGCCACCGUCACCACAGGAAGAGGAGAGACCGGGAUUCCGACCGGGAGGACGGCAGUGAUUCUCCCACGUUUGACACCCCAUCCCAGCGUGUGCAGUUUAUCCUGGGCACUGAGGACGAUGAUGAAGAGCAUAUUUCUCAUGACCUCUUCACAGAGAUGGAUGAGUUGUCCUUCAGGGAGGGACAUGAAUAUGAGUGGAAGGAGACUGCAAGAUGGCUGAAAUUUGAAGAAGACGUGGAAGACGGCGGUGAGAGAUGGAGCAAGCCCUAUGUAGCCACCCUCUCUCUGCACAGCCUCUUCGAGCUGAGAAGCUGCAUAUUAAAAGGAACAGUCAUGCUGGACAUGAGAGCCAACUCUAUAGAGGAGAUUGCAGAUAUGGUUAUAGACAACAUGAUCGUGUCUGAGCAGCUGGAAGAGUCUGUGCGAGAGAAGGUGCGGGGGGCCUUGCUGAAGCGCCACCACCACCAGAACGAGAAGAAGCUGAGCAACCGCAUCCCCUUAGUGCGCUCCUUCGCUGACAUAGGGGAAGGCCUGUCAGCUUCCAGUCUUUCUCUCAUUUGGACGGGUCUGUCAUCAUCCAACCCUUCUCAAAGAAGAGAUUCGCACAUUUCCUUACUCUUAAAUUACCUCUUGCCGGGCUCCAGAGCUGGAACCCCUGCAGGUUCAAGGUCUCCCACCCCCCAGGCCUCCCCUAAGAACACGCCACCCUCCACCCCAACCCUGGAGGGCCACCGCCCCCUCAAUGUCUUCCCUGAGCCCGAAGUGGCCCGUGUCAUUCCAGUAGUGGUGGUGUACCCCCCUGAGGAGGACUUGCUUCCAGCGGAGGGGCAGGGACAGGAGGAUCAUCAUCUUGAACAACUCCAACCAGGCAAAUGCCAUGUCUUACAUAACCCUCAAGGACACUUUGCAUCCCCACAGUCUUCUCCAGGAAACCUGGAAGUCUCCAAAGGAAGUGAAAGCAAAGGUAGCAUGGCAGGAGGCAGCAGGGAGAACAGCACUGUUGACUUCAGCAAGGUUGAUAUGAACUUUAUGAAGAAAAUCCCCCCCGGAGCUGAAGCCUCAAAUAUUCUGGUGGGAGAGGUGGACUUUCUGGAGAGGCCCAUUAUUGCCUUCAUCCGACUUGCACCUGCUGUCCUCCUGAGCGGCCUGACGGAGGUGCCUGUCCCCACCAGGUUUUUGUUUUUGUUAUUGGGUCCACCUGGCAAAGGACCGCAAUACCAUGAAAUUGGUAGAUCAAUAGCUACACUCAUGACAGAUGAGAUUUUCCAUGAUGUUGCUUACAAAGCAAAAGACAGAAACGACCUUUUGUCUGGAAUCGAUGAGUUUUUAGACCAGGUAACAGUUCUGCCGCCAGGAGAGUGGGAUCCUACGAUACGAAUUGAACCACCAAAGAGUGUUCCUUCACAACAAAAAAGAAAAAUACCUGCCCUUCCGAAUGGCUCCUUCCCAGCUAGUGAAUCACUAAAGGAAGAGGAUCACCAUGCUGGACCAGAGCUCCAGAGGACAGGAAGGCUGUUUGGUGGUUUGGUGCUUGAUAUAAAGCGGAAAACGCCCUUUUUCUUGAGUGACAUCAAGGACUCCUUGAACCUGCAGUGCUUGGCCUCUGUCCUCUUCCUCUACUGUGCCUGUAUGUCUCCUGUUAUCACUUUCGGGGGGCUGCUGGGAGAAGCUACAAAAGGCAACAUAAGUGCAAUAGAAUCUCUCUUUGGAGCCUCGUUGACAGGGGUUUCGUAUUCGUUAUUCUGUGGACAGCCCCUAACGAUAUUGGGAAGCACGGGACCAGUUCUGGUGUUCGAGAAAAUUUUAUUUAAAUUUUGCGUGGAUUAUGAACUUUCAUAUCUCUCUCUGCGCACCAGCAUCGGCCUGUGGACAGCAUUCCUCUGCAUUGUGCUGGUUGCCACGGACGCCAGCAGUCUAGUCUGCUACAUCACCAGAUUUACCGAAGAAGCCUUUGCUGCUCUUAUUUGUAUUAUAUUUAUUUACGAAGCACUAGAGAAACUCUUUCACUUGGGAGAGCUGUAUCCAGUCAACAUGCACAAUGACUUGGCUAACCUUACAUUUUACACAUGUCAGUGUUCUAAACCUGCAAAUCUAAGCUCUGAAACCCUACAACAUUUGCAAAAUUCAAGCAUGACACCUGAAUCGAUUCAAUGGGAAGAUCUUGAUGUUACAAUGUGCAAGGCUCUCCAUGGGGAGUUUGUCGGACUGGCCUGCAAGGACCAGCACCACGGCCCAUAUAUUCCUGAUGUCCUCUUCUGGUCGGUCAUCUUGUUCUUCACUACCGUCUUCCUUUCCUUCUUCCUCAAACAGUUCAAAACGAUGCGCUAUUUCCCAACCAAGGUGAGAUCAACCAUCAGUGACUUUGCUGUGUUUCUUACCAUAUUGAUUAUGGUAGUGGUAGACUACCUGAUUGGAAUUCCUUCUCCAAAGCUUAAUGUUCCUGAUAGGUUUGAGCCCACAUCAAAGAACAGAGGCUGGCUGAUUGAUCCUCUGGGCACGAACCCCUGGUGGACAUUGCUAGCUGCUGCAAUCCCUGCUCUGCUCUGCACUAUCCUCAUCUUCAUGGACCAACAGAUCACUGGUGUUAUUGUUAACAGGAAAGAGCACAAGCUAAAGAAAGGCUGUGGGUACCAUCUGGACCUGCUGUUGGUUGCUGUGAUGCUGGGGAUCUGCUCCAUCAUGGGGCUGCCCUGGUUUGUGGCGGCCACUGUCCUCUCUAUCAGUCACGUCAACAGUCUGAAGGUGGAGUCGGAAUGCUCUGCGCCGGGGGAGCAGCCCAAGUUCCUUGGAAUCCGAGAGCAGAGAAUUACGGGUCUCCUGAUAUUUGUCCUUAUGGGACUGUCUGUUUUUAUGACUUCUGUUUUGAAGUUUAUUCCUAUGCCAGUAUUGUACGGUGUCUUUCUCUACAUGGGCGCUUCUUCACUGAAGGGCAUCCAGUUUUUCGAUCGCAUAAAGCUGUUUGGCAUGCCAGCAAAGCACCAGCCUGACCUGAUUUACUUGAGAUACGUUCCGUUGUGGAAGGUGCACGUCUUCACAAUCAUUCAGCUCACCUGUCUUGUUGUGCUGUGGCUCAUCAAAGCCUCGUCUGCUGCUGUUGUCUUUCCUAUGAUGGUCCUUGCUCUGGUGUUUAUCCGGAAACUCUUGGAUUUCUUCUUUACCAGCCGGGAGCUGAGCUGGCUUGAUGACCUCAUGCCAGAGAGCAAGAAGAAGAAGGAGGAUGACAAGAAGAAAAAAGAGAAGGAGAAAAUGAAGAAUGGAGCUAAAGUACCAGGGGAAGCUGAACAACUGCUUACUGUUGAUGAAGAUGAAACAGUGCAGAUCCCUUUUGAGGGAGGAAACCUUUUAAACAUUCCUGUUAAAAGCCUCAAAUGCAGCUCUGAUCCUUCCGUUGUAAACAUAUCUGAUGAAAUGGCCAAAACUGCUGUGUGGAAGGCUGUUGCCAUGCCUACUGAUCAUGCCAAAGCAGUGAAACCUAGCUCAAGUAGCCCUGAGAAGACAGCAUGUAUGAAAAUCAACAUUGAAGCUGCACAGGGAGAGAGGUACGCUGAUUGUGAAACGUCCCUUUAGGACUCCGAGGCAUGAAACAUUUGUUUGAAAGCCGCUACUUGAACAGCAUCUCUCAAUUCCAAGUACAAAGGACCUGAAUAUGGGAAUAUAUAGAAUUCAAGCCAUUAGUGUCAUUUUUUUUUAAAUGUUCUUAUAAAGACAUCCUCCAGACACGAUGUUGCAAAUUAACUUCAACCCAGCUAAUCAAUUUGCUAUUUCUGUACAAGAAAGCAAAACAAAACUGAACAACAAUAGAUGCAUUGUUACAGUUAAAUUGGUACAAUUUAGAGGUGAGAAUCUAAGUGGAUUUCUUUUCGUAGUAUUUCUGUAAAAUAAAAAAAUAAACAACGCAAAUGUGUUUUUCUUUUAAACCAGAUGCAUCGUCUGGUAAUUUACUCAUUUUGAAACCUCCAGUAUUCUUUCAGUGCAUUACAGUUUUUACCAAUAUAGGAAAUCUCAAAGAUUGAAGCCCACUUAGAUUACAAAUGCCUCAUUUUGAAAAGGAUGCAUUUUGUUUUGCUUUGCUUUUUUUAAAUUUUAUUUUUUUUAUAUAAAGAGAGUACAUUUUGUCAGCAUUUUUUGUGAAACCAGCAUUUUUUGCAAUAGAUUUUGGGGUUAAAUUGACUGGUAAGGUGCAACAUCAAGACUAUAUAUAAUUUUGUUUGUUUUUCAAGGCCGACUAGAAGAUAUUUUUUUGUGAACAAAUGAUUAUAAACAUUUAGAUUUGCGUUCAUUAGUGACACUACAUUAUAGGUAAUUUUCAAAUAACAAAGUAGUCUUUGCAGUAAAGAAAGAUAAACAAAAACAAACCAAAACCAUUUUUUAAAAAUAGUUUCUACAUUCUCUUCUACAAUUACACCAAGCAAGAGGUUAUUUAAAACAAAUGCUGAACUGUAUGUAGUACUGGCAGUUUGCCAUGUACCCUGUUUUUUUGUGUUUUUGUUUAGUUUUCUGUUAUCUUUGUAUGUGUUCUGUCUUGCCAUGAAUAUUUAUUUAUUUAUUGUUUAAAUCAACUGGUUUCUGGUAAAUACCUAUAGCUUUUUUGUAUUCUCAUUUUAGAAUAAACCCCCUACUUUUUAUAAUACAUACAAAAUAGCACCCACUAAAAGUGUGAGUGCCAAUAAUGCAGACUCCCAUUUAUCAUAGAAGCUUCUGCCAACUCAGCACCUGUUUACCGUCUACCAGAAUCAUAACAGGGAGAUGCAGCUUACAUCCAUCGUUGUAUCUACUUGAAAGCAACCCCACUGACUUCCAUAUACAACCUCCCAAGAAUGCAUUCUGAGAUUAGUAAAAAAAAAAAAAAUAGGAAUAUUGCUAAUAUUUACAUAACUUUUGCAUUUAAAUGGCGUAGAUUUAAAUGUGAUUCAGUGUAAUCGAGUAUAUUGUAUUGUGUUUUUUUGUUUUGUUUAUUAUGCAUCUUAUUUGUUUUAAAUAGUUGAUGAUUUUAUGGUUAUGCCAUAUGCUAUUCUGAAAAAUUAAAAAAUAAGCAUUACUGCAUCAUUUAUACAUUUAAUUUGAUUAUAUUUCUUGUACUUUUAUCCCCGCACUUUUAGAUGUGUUUACCACAACUUGAUUGAGAUAGAUACAUGUGACUAUUUUUAUUAUAUGGAUCUUUAGAAUCGUCUCAGGAAAGUUCCAUUCUACACAGUAGAAUGACGCAGUUUACCUAGAAUUGUAGUACUUGCGUGGUCCAGCCAUGUUUUUUUUCACAAUUAUGUUCAGUUUGUACUUAAACCGUUGAUAAUCAUAACAUUAAAUACUCUUUUUGUAUCAGUUCUACCUAAUGCUAAUUUCAAGGAUGUUGACAAAAAAUAUGCAUGAAUACAGAGAGAAAAUGAUGCUCACCA